ACGGACUCAAUCGAAUCUUUUAUAUACUCAAACGCUCCAUCUGUAUCUUCGUCUUCGUCGUUUGGCGAUGGAAAAAGCCGGUGUAGCUGACAUGGCGCCACCAUCGUCGGUCUCUCUUUCCCCGUUCGCUCCUUGCCCUCGACGCCCUCUCAACCAACUUUACAAAGCGCAGCCGGCCGGUUGUUCCUUCUUCUAAGCGGUUGUCUCGGCUUUCCCUACAGGAGCACCUCCUGAAUGCCGAGGAAGCCAGCUCGGCUCGAGCUAUAGGAGGCGGGUUGGGCCUAGAGGAGGCCGUGGCCUGGGAGCUAUUUAGUCCGGUUGAAAGGUUCUUGAUCGUGGCGGUGAUCGGCGUGGCGACUGUUGAGUCUAAGAAGAACUGGUUGAUUUGCCAACUCAAGAAAUCGGUUGAGCUAAGGGAUGAGGUGCUUUCAAGCAUGCAGCAGAAGGUAGACAGUCUAUGUGAACUGCUGAAUAACACCGAAGAGAAGCCGGGAACACGGGCGAAAACUGAAGUAGAAUCUUCUUUGAAUGGAACUUUUGGUUCUGGGAGUGUAGAGGUUGGUGAUUGUUGUUGUUGGAUUUGCUAUCAGCAUCGAGAACAGUUUAAAGUAAGAAUCCGAUUUAUGGAAGUUACAUGUGAAUUAUCUUCUCUUUUCACUUGAUUGAACUGGUUUUAUUCUCCCUUGUUCUCUGAUGUGGGGUAACUACAUUGUAAAAAACUUACAAAAACUCGGGUGGGAACGAUAUGGCAUUGUCAAACAAGACAGAGCACGAGGAGCGCUGCAUGUCAGAUUUGUCGGACUGGGCUUCGAACGUCACAUCUGCAUCAGAAAUCCAGCUGAACAACCUUGCAAUAGAACAAGAUAUUUACAAUCUUAAGAGGGAAUGUGAAGAGAAGGAUGCAAUCAUAAAGGAACUAAACACUUCUGUCCAGUCAUCCAAUGUGGCUACUUUGAAGAGGGUAUCUGAGUUGGAGGACAUUAUACGCAGAAAGAACACGAUAAUUACUCGAUUGAAGAAGGACAUGGUGGUUCUAGAACAAAAGAUUGUCCAGCUGACCAGGCUUCAAAGAGUUCCUCCUCUACCUCAAGUCCAAACUACUGGCAAAUUCCACCCAUGUUGGAUAACCUCCUCUACGACAUGGAUAGUACCACUAGCCCUUCCUCAUCUGAUUUGGAUUCCUCCCAGAAGAACGGCCCACAAACUCCGCUUUCCAAAGCCGAGGAAGUUAGUUUCGAGAACGGUAACUCCUCUUUAAAGGGACAGCAGAAAUCAGCACCUGCAAAAGUUUCAAGCUCUUUUAUGAGACAAACUGAUUGCCAUUCGAUGCCUGAACCAGUUACUCCAGUAAGGGAAAUAUCGAUGAAUCACAAGUCUAAACCACCUUCUUCGAGGCAAAGGCAAGUGUCGACCAGUCGAGAUUCGAAGAGAAUUAAGAAGCAAACUCGAACUGUAUCUAAAGAUUUUACUUCGAAGAAGAGAUGGUCAUAGUAAGUACUACUUGGAAACUUGAUGGUUUAGAAGCUUGAAGUGGCAGUCUUGCCUGAACCAUCUUGUUGAAGCAUCUAUAUGUUCAGAAAAGUUUUAUGUUUAAUUUUGUUACUUGUUACAGAAGGUAAGUCUCGUGAAUUUCUAAAGUUAUA